CAGGACUGGAGUCAUUCAGUUUUUAACAUGGCAGCCUCCUCCGUGAGUCGGGCAAUGGCGUUUCGUGUGCGUGCUGGUCAGCAUGUUGCUUUUGUUAGAAAAAUUCCUUGGACCGCGGCGUCGAGUGAGCUGAGAGAACACUUUGCUCAGUUUGGCCAUAUAAAAAGGUGCAGUGUACCUUUUGACAGAGAGACUGGCUUUCACAGAGGCAUGGGCUGGGUUCAGUUUUCUUCACAGGAAGAACUUCAGAAUGCACUACAAAAGGAAAAUCAUAUUAUUGAUGGAGUAAAGUGCUUUUUCUCGCCCCUGCAGAUCGAUGUUCAAGCUCAGAAACCAAAGGUUUCGCAAGGGGCUCAAACAUCUGAUGAAGAGAAAGACUUUUGAGAUGAUUAUUAUACUGACCAUUAAUAAAUAUAACUGAGACCUUUUUUC